AACAAGUUCCAGAAGGACGGCUCGUCUGCUUUUUGUCCUGCUUUGGUUUUCUUUUUGUUGCUUUUUUUUCCUGUUUGGAUUUUAAGCGUUUAAUUUGAGAACAAAUGUGUAACUCAUCGCAUGAGGCUGCACUUUGUGCCAUAAAAUUGCAUCCGAUGUGGCAGGAGCCGCUCGCCAUUCCCGGUGGAGAUCGCCAGUCACCAAUUGACAUUGUGGUGCGUAAAAGCAUCUUUGAUCCGCAGCUCAGACCCCUGAAGGUGCAGUAUGACCCGAGGACCUGCCAGCAGAUCUGGAAUAAUGGCUACUCUUUUCUGGUCGAGUACGACGACACCACUGACAAAUCCACUCUGAAAGGAGGACCACUGGAGGAUCAGUUCAGACUAUGCCAGUUUCAUUUUCACUGGGGGGAGAACAACACCUGGGGCUCUGAACACUCCAUAGACCGCCGCCUUUACCCUG